GAGACGCCUGUUCCCCAAGGCCCCAGCGGCAGGGCCCCGACCCAGGGACCCCUCGCGCCCCUCGCCAGGUUCCUGUCGGGAGCUGCAGGCCAGCAUCUGCCCAGCGCCGAAGCUGCCGCCUGCGUCCCCCGCCCCCGGCGCGCCGCCGCCGCUGCCCACCUUCGCUGACGCGCGGCGGCUCCUGCUGCGGCUGCGGCUGCCGUCGCCGGGCUAUAAAAAGCCGCUCCGCUGCCGCAACCCAGCCGGGCGCUUCGCUUGGGCUGGCCACGGACCUCGACGCGCGUCUUCCCCCGGGGGGAUUCUCCGUGCCCGGCUGCAAGGCAAGGCAAGGCAAGGCAAAGCAAACUUGGCCACCAGCAGGGGAGCAGCAACAGGCGCCCCGGAGGAACCCUGCACCGUCCCUUCAGGCGCAGAGCAAGGGCCAGCCAAGCCCCGACGGGCGCGGCCACCUCUGUGCCAUUCCCGCCGCCCCGUCUGGCCAGCGCAAGUUGCCGAUUCGACUGCCCGGGCAGCCCCUCGCCGGCCUCCAUGCCGCUGCUGCCGCCCCCCAGGUUUCCGUGAAGGCGAUGGAGGCGAGCCCAGCGGCUCCCAACGGCUCCGCGAACGCCUCCGCCGCCGACGGCAACCAGUUCGUGCAGCCGGCGUGGCAGGUCGCGCUGUGGGCCGUGGCGUACGCCCUCAUUGUGCUGGUCUCGGUGGUGGGCAACCUGGUGGUGAUGUGGAUCAUACUGGCCCACAAGCGGAUGCGCACCGUCACCAACUAUUUCCUGGUCAACCUGGCCUUCGCCGAAGCCUCCAUGGCCGCCUUCAACACCCUCGUCAACUUCACCUACGCCGUCCACAACGUGUGGUACUACGGCCUCUUCUACUGCCGCUUCCAGAACUUCUUCCCCGUGGCCGCCGUCUUCGCCAGCAUCUACUCCAUGACGGCCAUCGCCGUGGACAGAUACAUGGCCAUUAUCCGUCCCCUGCAACCAAGGCUAUCAGCCACAGCCACCAAAAUUGUCAUCUGUGUCAUAUGGCUAUUUGCUUUAUUGCUGUCAUUCCCACAAGGUUACUAUGCGACAACAGCACAUCUCCCUGGCCGAGUGAUAUGUCUAGUGGAAUGGCCAGAAAACACAACCCAGACCUAUGAAAUAACGUACCACUUUUGUGUGACGGUGCUCAGCUACGUUUUGCCACUCCUAGUGAUAGGCUAUGCCUAUACUGUUGUUGGGAUAACGCUGUGGGCUAGCGAGAUACCGGGGGACUCUUCAGACCACUAUCAUGAACAGAUGUCUGCCAAGCGCAAGGUCGUCAAGAUGAUGAUCAUUGUGGUGUGCACCUUUGCAGUCUGCUGGCUGCCGUUCCAUGUCUACUUUCUCCUGCAGCAUUUUAAUGCAGACUUGUACCAGGAAAAGUACAUCCAGCAGAUCUACUUAGCUAUCUUGUGGCUGGCCAUGAGCUCCACCAUGUACAACCCAAUUAUUUACUGCUGCCUCAAUGACAGGUUCCGGAUUGGCUUCAAGCACGCUUUCCGGUGGUGCCCUUUUAUUAGAGCCAGUGAAUAUGAAGGGCUGGAAAUGAAAUCAGCCAGGUACCUCCAGACCCAGAGCAGCAUGUACAAGGUUAGCCGGGUAGAAACAACAGUCUCUUCCAUUGUUGGCAACCCAGAGGAGGAACCUGAUGACAGCAGCAAAACAAAGCGCCUCUCUGUGGAUCUGACCUCCAACGGUUCUUCCCGCAGUGACUCUAAAACAGUGUCGGAGAGUUUGAGCUUCUAUUCCAACACACUUCCCUAAGCAACUUGUCUGUCCAGGCAAUGUGUCGCAGUCAAAAGUGUGACUCAGGUUCCAGUCUCUCUAACGAAGGAGCUGUUCUUCAUGUGCACCAAGUCACAGCUGUCUUCUAUGAGUGGACGUUUUCCUUCUUUUCUGGUCUCUGCUGUGAUGUCCAGUUGGACCCAUUCAGAUAAUCUUCAUACAAAAAUGAAUUUUCGUUUUGGGUCCUGCAUUACACAUUGUGAUAGGUUCAUUAGUGCGAGACCCUCUCACAUUCUCAGUCUAUGCUGGCUGAGAGCCAAGUAUCAUCAGCAUGGCUUUAUUUUUCCAUCCCCAGAUCUCACCUUCUCUUUCCAUAGCAUGCUUAGGUUUUGUUACUAUCCCUCACCGGCUGCCUUAUGUGUUGCUGCUACUGCAGAAGGAGCAGAUGGGACUGAAAAGUUUCUUAGAGUAAAAAUGAGGAGUGAAAAGAGUGUUUAGAGUACAUAUAGUGUUGUGGAAAAGCUGAAUUAAAAAAACACACCCAAGCUUUAAUAACACAAGAGCCCUGCUGGAUCAGGCCAAAGGACUGUUUAAAUCCAGCAUCCUAUUCUCACAGUGGCCAAGCAGAUCCCUAUGGAAAGACCACAAGCAGGUCAUGAUUGGAAUAGCAUUGCCCCCACUGUCUUAGAAAGCUAAAGUCCAGCCAGUACCUGAGAUUCAGAAGGCAAAAUCCAAAUUAGGGAUUUCCAUAUACAAAUACGCAGAGCUUGGAAAAGUUACUUUUUUGAACUACAACUCCCAUCAACCCAAUCCAGUGGCCGUGCUGGCUGGGGCUGAUGGGAGUUGUAGUUCAAAAAAGUAACUUUUCCAAGCUCUGCGUAUGAAGAUUUUAAUUUUCCAUUUUUGCUCCAAAGGCAUAUUGUUCCAAACUGCCUUCCGCCCACUUUGGGUGUCCGACGUACUGCAAGAUCACAUCUCUUCCAUUUCAUUUAUGUUGGAUUAGGAAGAGACCCUCAGUGGCUCAUAUUAGUUUGUGCCUGCACCAGGGGUGGCCAACGUCAAGCCUGGAGAGCAUCUCCAGAAGCAAUCUCUCUCCCCCCCACCCCGGCUGUACUGAUUUUGGUGGUGGCAAAAAGGAAACAAAUGCUGGAGUGGGUGGAAAGGGUUAAACCUCUCUGACCAGCUCAGUGCCCCGAUGAGGAUGCAGAUAAUCUCCUCCCUAGUCAUCAGAGGGUGUUGUAUGGUCUGCGUGUACAUGGAUGUGGGCCCUGGAUGAUAGGCUGAGGGUGAAGUUAGUCCUUGGGCUGAAAAGGGUUAGCCACCCUUGGUCUGCACUACUGAGAUAAGCCCAAUUCCUUUUGAAGAUCCCAAAUGGUGUACUGAAGCCAGACAAUGAGUUACCACGUUCAGGGCGUUAGCAGAAGGACUGGAAUAAAGCAGACAGAAUCCAGAGAGAAAAAGAAUUUGAUAACACUCUACUGAGAUAAAAUGAACAAAACCAGUAUAUAAUAGGAGAAAUAAAGAGCGAGGUCUGACUUUCUUGGGUCAGGCCUACACAAACUCCUUCAGACCCACUUUCUCUCCAAUUUCUCCAGCUGUCAGAUCUCAGCAGUCUUUCUUGCUGACAGCUAACUCCCAACGGACUAGGACCUCCAGCCAAUUGAAGUCUGCUGUCAGCUAGACCAGUAACAGAAUCAACCCCUUAAGACAUUGACUAAAUGGUGCCUACUGUUAUACUUCCAGCAUAGAGUGUAUAUGCAUAUGCAGUAGGUGAGUGGAUAGGGACCCUAACCAGAUCAUGAACAAACAUACUGAUCUUUUACCCCACUAGUUUGUACAUAGAGAAAACUAACUUGGUGGAGAGAGAAAAAAUCAGCCUUUUUAAUAAUAUGGUACUUUUUUAUGUGUAGGGAAGACCCUUCCCCACCCCCACACAAUGGGGAGAAAUUAAAACAUGCACCCACAAUCCGCACACCCCUGUUACAUCCAUUGGGAUCUUACAGGAAAAGCUUUCUCUCUUACUCCUGCUGAUUGUCUAAACUGGCCCUGAUGUUCCUGUGUCUUCCAUGGAGUUCUGCUGUUUACAUGGCUGAUAAAGCAGAGACUGCUUAGGUGGAGAACAUCUCUCCUAUGAACCCUGGCUUCAGCACCUAUAUAGACAUCAUUAAGAAAUGCCCCACCCCCCUUUUUUUGCAGCAAACAUCACGAGUGAUGAGUAGCAAUUGGCAAAGGACCGAACUGAAUACUGUACGCAGUUGGAAUGCAGACCCAGCACUGUGCUCAUAUAGCAGAGAUGAAUGGCUGCUGUCUGUAAUAAGAUUAAACCAAGCAGGAUCUGGGGAAAGCAGCAUUGUAAGUAAAAAUGGGAUGAGAUAAUUUAACAGGGUAGAAUAUAUUGUGUUGGCUAACCCAAAGAGUGUGGAUGGAAAUGUAGGAGGGACUUCUUCUUCUUUUCCGUUUUUUGGUAGCAAGAACAAUACAUCCCUGAUGAAGCACAGGAAAUCCAGCACACUCAGCCAGCAACCUCUUCGGGGGAUAGCAAAGGUGGUGAAGAUACUGGAAGUUUCUGUAAUGACCAUGAGGCUGCACUGCAUGCAUGCUAGAAGGGAGGAGGAAAAGGCAACAGAUAUCACCACUAUUAUGCAGAUCCCUUCACAGAUGAAACGGACCAUCUCUUUAGGUCAGCCUUCCCCAUCCUAGAACUCUCCAGAGGUUUGGACUAUGGCUGGGGCUGAUGAGCAUUCUAGUCCAAAAUAUCUGGAGGUCAUCAGGUUGAAGAAGGGUGCCUUGGGUAAUGUGAGAAAACUCCCUUAAACUGCCACCUAAUCCUAAACAUUUGUGUGUGCAUAUCUAGUAUCAUAGUAUCCCUUUGUCAACUGGGCAACAAGAGAGUCCUGAACAGAUUGGAAAGGGAGGAACAUCGCAAGGGUUUUUUAAAGUUUUAACAAGGAGAAAUAGAAGUGGGUUCAACACAGAAGCUAACAGAGCCUUUCCCGACUCCCUUCUUGCUAUGCUCAAACUCUGCUUACUCUACUCAAAUCUCUGCUGUUAUUUAAAACCACCAUUUUCUUCUCAGUAUCUCAAUCCCUGCUUCACUCAAACCUCUGCCAUUGUUUAAAACCACCAUUUUUCUUUCAGUGUUUCUCAAUUUUCUGCUGUUGUUAAAAAUGGAAAUGAGGGUGGUGUGUGUGCAAAGGAGAGUUGAGAAAAGGAGAGGGAAGAGGGAAGGGAAGGGUGUGAAUGUGAAAAUGGGAUGGAUGUGCAAAGUGGGGGUGCAGAACAGGAGAAUGGAAAGUAGGCACGGAAAUGGGGUGGUCUAUGUGCAAUGGGGAAUUAAGAAAGAAGGAGGGAGGAAAAGAGGGUGAAUGUGAAAAUAGGGGUGCCAAGGUUUCCAAAAAAAGGGGGGAGUAGGAGGCAUGAGAAUGGGGGUGAAUAUGAAAGUGAGGGAAUGAAUGUGGUUGCAGAACAGGAGAGGAUGGUGAUGUCAUAAUUGGGUGGUAGGCAAAAAGGGUGCUUAGUAGUUGCAAUGUGUGGAAAGAGGAAGAUGCAAGAGGUUACCAUGGAGGUGGUUGCAUAAAGGGAGGACGAAGAAGAGGCAUAGACAUAGAGGUGAAGGUGAAAACAGUGGUGCAAAGUGGGGCUGCAGAAUAGAAUAAGCUUCAGAAAUGGGGUUGGGAGAGUGAAAAGGGAGCUUAGUAGUUGCAUAGGUGGGAAGGAGAAGCCCUAAGGGGAGUGACAGGAAAGUUGGCAAGUGGAGUGAGCAAUGGGUCAGCCCCUAAGCCAUCAUGACAUAAUGCAGCAUGAUGUGCAUCUCACACACCAAAAAAUGGCAAGGGGGGGAACAGGCCUCAAAGACUUGUAGCUUGGUGGCAGCCCCAUGCAGGGGGAAUGGAGCCUGGGCAGCAGCGACAGAAGGCCUGGAGCUAUCAGUGGUGGGAGACUCAGAGCUUGGUUGGCAUGACCUAGGCCUUGACCUCACCAGGUGUGUGGGAGGCCAGCCUUGGUGACCUGUGGGAGGUCUGGUGAUCCAUGGGGGGAAGGGAGCUCUGGUAACCCUUCCGUGGGGGGGAAAAAGGAAGGGGAGCUCUG